AUGAACAGGACGAUUGAGGUCCAAUACACCCCGGGGGAUGCUCCUUGGGCAGUCGCGUACCUCAACACCAACACCACGAGCAAAAACACAUCUGACGACGAGUUCCAGUGCAACUCUACAGACAUCACCCAGGCAAUGCGCGCCGCGACCGAUGCUUUCGGCACCUACGCGGUCCCGGUCAUCUGCGUGUUGGGUAUCCUCGGUGACGUCACGUCGCUGCUGGUGUUCAUCUGCACGUCCUUCCGGUACCAGCCCUGCAGCCAGUACCUGGCGGCGCUGGCCUGCGUCGACACCCUGUUUCUCAUGUCGCCGCUGUUGAGUUCACUCAUGCGUUACUUCCCCUCCAUAGCCUUGACCCCUGGCUGCUGUGUCCUCAUCGUCUACACCUCCUAUGUCUGCAGUUUCCUCUCCGCCUGGUUCGUCGUCCUCAUGAUGAUCGAACGCUUCAUCGUCGUCUGCUACCCCUUUAAAGCCUCGUACAUGUGCAAUAAAAAAAAAUCCAUCGCUGUUAUCUCGGCGACGUCUGUCCUGGCUUUAAUACUGUACUGCCACAGUUUCUUCACGGUCGAGACCUCUAUCGUCAAUUCCCCCUGCCAUGAAAACAAAAACUACAUCGAGUUCCUCAGCAUUUUCACCCACGUCGACUCAAUCCUCGUCUUCUUCGUGCCUUUCUCCACCAUCGUAUUCCUAAAUCUAAAAAUAAUACAAACCGUUCGGAAAUUCCGGUUGCGUCAUGAUAUGCUCAACCAAAGCGUCAGACGCACCCCGCGGUACCACAACUCGGGGAAUACCCUGACCCUCGCUCAAGUCCGCUCCACCAAGAUGCUGGUCUGGGUGUCCAGCGUGUACAUUAUCCUCUACCUUCCCAGUUAUGCCGUGCGCAUGUACGGCCUCAUUCUCCAGCAGGUUUCCGGCGUUCUGAAAUGCGCGCCGCGGCUCUACGUCGCCCAGCAACUGUGCCAGCACCUGCACUUCCUCAACUUCGCCAUCGACUUUCUCGUCUACGUCGUCACCAGCAACAACUUCCGCCGGAACGUCAGCCGGUGCCUGAGGAAGUUCUACAUGACCCGGUCCGGCUGCAAGUACCGGUACGACUACUGA